AUGGUCAACCUGAAAAGCAUCUUCCCAACGAUAACCGCCUUUAUAGCAUUCAUCAUCACGCUAUGCUGCGUCUUCGCCGGAACACAAAAGAACAUGCUGGACAGUGUAAAUCUACUCACACUCUACACGCCAGAAGGAAACUCCAGCUCAAGCUCCACCUCCCCAGCCCACACAUUCUACUCCGUCCACGUCAUGUCCUACUGCCAAGGCACCCUCGGCCCCGUCGACCCCAGCGCAACAGACCUCUACUCCUCCCGCAACGUAACAGACUGCUCCAAACGAACGAUCCUCUUCGCAUUCAAUCCCACAGCCGCCUGGUCGGAGAAUAUAACGCACGGGCCGGACUUGGAGUGGCCGCGGGUGAUCAGCGAUGAUUUCCACGCGUUCAGAAUGACUAGUCGCGCCAUGGCCGUGCUGUAUAUUAUUGGCGUUGGGGCUGUGGGGAGCGUGUUGUUGGUGAAUGCGGUUUCGAUGGCGAUAUCUAGGGCGCAGUAUGGUGUUUUUGAGUUUGGGUUUUUGGUGCUCGGCGCACUAAGUAUAAGCAUCGCAUCGAUCAUCGCAACGGUCCUUGCGUUCGAAUUCGUCGCGUUGAUCAACGCGCAUGGCGAGGGGUCCAAUGUGGCUGCCCGCUAUGGCGACAAGUUCCUCGGGAUGACGUGGGCUUCGACAGGCCUGUUGUUGGUGGGGAGUUUGGUCAGUUUCAUGAAUAUGUUUGUUCGGGAUGAGUAUGUACUGGAGGAGCCUGCGCCUGCGCCGUCGAAGGAUGAAGAGGAGGGCUGA